AUGCACCAACCGCCGUACCCCCCGAGCCAGGGGCAGCCGUUACCGGCCGAUAUGCACCCGCACGCCCAGUAUCCUGCACAUCAGAUGCAGCAACUCCCGUCGAUGCCGCCACCAGGUGCCCAGUACCAGGAGGGUGUCCCAAUGGGUGGUUCCGCAGCGCUGCAACCCGGCCAGCAGCCAGGUGACGCUGCCCAAGCGUCGUCCUCGCAGCCGCAGGAACGCGUGCCGCUCACCGCGGAGCAAAAGCGGCAGCAAGAGCUGAAUCUUAAGCCAUACUCGUCCGAGGAUGGCCAAGACCGAGUAUAUUCACUUGACGUUGUGCAACAACCACAACGUGCGCGGAUGUGUGGUUUCGGCGACAAGGAUCGCCGGCCCAUAACCCCACCACCAUGCGUACGGUUGGUAGUCAAAGACGCGAAAAGUGGGAAAGAGAUUGACUGCAAUGAGAUCGAGCAUACCAUGUAUGUCCUCAAUGUGGAUCUCUGGUCUGAGGAUGCAUUGAAGGAAGUCAACCUUGUCCGGCACACGACGGCAACCCCAUCGAUAUCAUCUACGUCUCCCGCCUCGUACGCUCAGAUAGAGCAAAACACGCCCGCCUUCUCACACAUCUUACCGUCUAGCCGGGAUAUGGGGUAUGCGCAACAGAUGGGCUACCCGCCCCCUGGCCAAGUCAGUCCCUACGGUAUGCAACAACCAUACGGUCAAGGCUUUGUCUCACCCAAUGGAGGCGGGUACCAACCACCAAACCAAUACUAUCCCCAGGCCGACCUACAAGGUUUGGCCCAGAUGGUUGCCUCGCCGUACGGACCCGCGAGAGUCUAUGAACCCCAGCUCGGCAACAUGCCCCAGCGCAUGUCCAUGAGCGGCAACCCCCCAUCGGGUAUGUUCACUCGCAACCUCAUUGGAAGCUUGGCUGCGAGCGCUUUCCGCCUACAAGACCCCCAAGACAAAAUCGGGAUCUGGUUCAUCCUCCAAGAUCUGAGUGUCCGCACGGAGGGGUGUUUCAGGCUCCGCUUCUCAUUCGUGAACGUCGGUGCCCCUGGCCAGCUCGGUAACGGCUCCAUCAACCUUGGAAAGGCUCCGGUUCUCGCGUCGGUCUUUAGCGAUGUGUUCCAGGUUUACUCCGCCAAGAAAUUCCCGGGGGUUUGCGAGAGCACCGCCCUAAGCAAAUGCUUUGCGAGUCAAGGUAUCAAGAUUCCCAUUCGCAAGGAUAACCCGAACAAGGCCGGGGGCCAAGACGACGACGACUACGAUUGA